ACACCAACCGAAAACCGUCCAUUUCUCCUGAGCUGAUGUUGCAACCGCUGAUGAGCGCGUAUAAAGCGGCCCAGACUCUUUAAUUCACCGCGCGGAGCCAUAAACCAUCCAUCCAUCAGUCGCGGGAUCCUGAGAUGACAAAGUGAAAGAAGCUGGAGAUGUCUCAGAAGAAGAUAUUCCUGGUAUUGAUUGCAAUCAGCACUGUCAGCUUUCUUCUGCACCAUGGGGGUCACUUGAACUUGACAUUAGAGACAUUCUGGAUGGGCUGUCCGUCCUUCACGGUCUCCGUCAACCAGGGCAGCGGUGGACAUUCAGGUAAACACACCAGUGUAGCCUUCUUGAAGACACAUAAAACUGCCAGCUCCACUGUGCAGAACAUCCUCUUCCGUUUCGCUGAACGCAACAACCUCACUGUGGCGCUGCCCAUCACCUCCUGCGACCACCAGUUCUGCUACCCUCGGCCAUUCAGCGUCCACUUCGUCCAUCCGCACACCUCGCCCCCUGACAUCAUCACCAGUCAUCUACGGUUCAGCAGGACUGAGCUGCGGCGCCUCAUGCCCAACAACACCAUCUACAUCACCAUACUGCGGGAACCGGGUGCGAUGUUUGAAUCUCUGUUUUCCUAUUAUAAUCAGUACUGUCUUAGCUUUAAGCGGGUCCCGAAUGGCUCUCUAGAGACUUUCCUCGACGAGCCUUGGAACUACUAUCGUCCAGAUGAAAAGGAUUCAAUGUAUGCGAGGAAUACUCUGACCUUUGACCUAGGUGGUGAUAAGGAUCGUCCGUUUACGGAGUUGUACGUGAAACGAUUCGCUGCCGAGAUGGAGAAAGUGUUCUCGCUUGUUAUGAUUGCAGAAUACUUUGAUGAAUCCUUGGUGCUGCUACGCCGCUUGUUGUCUUGGGAUCUCGACGAUGUUCUUUACAUCAGUCUCAACAUGCGCACAGCCGACUCCAAAAGCAGCCUUUCUAGUGAUAAUACGGAGAAAAUAAGAGACUGGAAUGCUAUAGAUUCUGCUCUCUACGAUCAUUUCAAUGCCUCGUUAUGGCGGCAGCUGAGAGCAUUGGGACUAGCAUGUGUUGAGCGGGAAGUCCAGUUGUUGCGGCAGUCUCGAGACCGACUUGUUCGCAGCUGUUUCGGGGGAAAUUUACCACCACUUCGCUCUGCUGCACAAAUCACGAAUAAAGAGUUGCGGCCAUGGCAGCCCAGUGCAAAAGUGACAAUCGUUGGGUAUGAUUUACCAGUUAAUAUAUCAAAAAAAGGCCCCAUCCCUCCACGAGAUGAGUGUCUAAAGAUGAUAAUGCCAGAAGUGCAGUACACAAAGCUGUUGCUUCGUUCAGAAUCUGUACGUUAUCGAAAGCGGCUUCCAAUACGGAGCCGCCAGCAGACUGCGAGAUCCGUGGGACAACCUCGGGUACACAAAGAGUCCCAGUCUCAGAGUUUGCUCCCAUGACCUUCGGAGACUAUGGUUCGAAGCACCAGAGUUAUUUCCCCAAUAAAAAAGCGUGAAAGCAUAGUUUUUUAUUUCCUAGUUGAUCUAGACUGCAUCUUUUAAUGUUUAUGAGAUGUUGGAAUUAUUUAAAAGCUUGAGGUUAUACCUCUUUUAUAUUGAAUGUGAGCACGACCACAUGCACGCUCACAACCCUUGUUAAAUUGGUGAAAAAGUGAAGGAAAACCAUUUGUAUUCAAGUCCAAAAACUUGACAUCGGGAAUGUUUCUCAAUCUCUCAAGGACAAUCUCUCCACAGAUAUACCAUCGUUCACUGUUUGCGUUUAAGCCAUCUUUACCCUUCAGGAAAAUCCUGAUUGAUCCACUUCAGACCUGCUUUUACAUGGUCUCUAGCUAGUGGAAGCUAAACUUUUGUGGUUAUACCUGGUCCAAGAUGUGUCAAGAUGGUCAAUUACCAGCUAGUGACUAUUAGGUUGACCAUCAUGAGCAAGCUUGCUUAGUGUUGGUAGACCAGCUAACCAUAUUGAUGAUGAUUUUUUUUUCAGCAGGGUAUAUAUUUGAAGUUAAGACAUUUUUGUAAUAAUUGCAUUUGGGUGUUGUUAGGCUUACCAAAAAGCCCUUCAUUUGAGCGUGAACUUGUACACAAGCUUAUCAAUAUAUUGACAGCUGCACCUGAGCCACAAGUCACCAUAAUCGACUCUUCAGUUGUGGUCAGAAAACCCCAGCAUCAUGUGUCGAUGAUGCAAGCUUCUCGAAGGACAUCUAAAUAUUUAAUCAUUCAGUCUUUAGCCUGUCUUCAGGCAGCACUUGGGUUACACAGCCCUACGUUUUCAUGAAGGAAUCUCGGACUGAGUCGGAGAGGCUCAGCCUUGAUUAGAAGCUAGGAAUGGUGACAGGACAGUUUGUCAACACAGACACUGCUGAUAUGUGAAACAUCGCUGUCUGUUAUCAGCUAGAGUGAGCAGUGUGUUGGUUUCAUCCUUGCGUAAUUUUCACUAUCGCUCUUACAAUGAAGCACUUGCAAAUAUCUAAUUUAUGUCAUUUAAAUUAGACUAAGAAGGACCAGGGACGGCCAAGCUGGAGCGUGUACUCUGGUUCCCCGAGCCCUGCUAAUGGUUGGAGUAAUUCGAAAUUGAACGAAAACAACCCAUUACAAUUGGCUUAAGAUUGGCAAUGAAAUUUCUGGAAUUGCAAAAAAAACUAGACUAGGAAAUGCAGCUCCAUGUUGUACAUUUAAGACACACAAUACAGAAGCAAGUGUGUUUGCAUACUUGUGUAGAGUCUUUUUCUGGUCUAACUAGGAGCGUGUUAAGGUUUUCUGUGGUGGUCACCUUCAUAGUAGUAGUGCCGGUUGGAUGUUAAAAAAUCCGUCCUUUGACUGUAUUGUUGUAAUUAAAGGCACAGUAUGUAAUAUUCACCACUAGAGGGCACAUGUUCACAACAAACAAAGGCGUCAUUUGAUGACACCAUGAUUGAGUGUGGGACUAGCCAUACAUCAACAUGAAUUUUGCAAGGUAUUCAACAUUAACCAUCAUGGUAGUAUGAAGCAGAGCAAGGCUGAAUGCCAUGAAGCGUAACGAGAGAAACUCUGAAGCAGUUGCUGAUGAGCAUGAAAAAGCAGUGAAGCUUUUAUCAUGCCAACGUCCACUAUUUCCGGUUCUUCCACUCGUGAUCACAUGGAAAAGACGCAGCCUUUUUUUAAUCAGACUAAAUACAUUUCAGACUGCUCUGUGUGGUCUAUUUAAACAUACAACAUCUUAAAGCCACCUAGCCUGUUCCAUGUUUAGUGUGUGACAUCAUUAGCAUUGCCACACACUGGCACAGUCCAUCUCACUACUUAAAAUUGCUUAUUUCUCUGGAUUUAAACAUCCUUUAAUACACUUGAUAUAAUAGAAGCAAAAUCUACAACACGGUUCUAGUGGUUUGUGAAUAUUUUAAUGAAAGAGUCUUGCAUAUUGUGCCUUUAAAACACAGCACUACAUCACUUUCUUUCAAGUGGUGCUCACUGCAGAGCCAGUAUGGGAGUUCAACUCUGUGGACUUAUUGGGUGUUGCUUGAAUUAGUUAUGUUUAAUGCCCCAUUCACACGAGGCGUCAGCUUUAACGCUUCCCAUUCACUUGGAUGGGUGACGUCAGGUGUUGCCGAACUGCAUUGUGGAUCCGUCGGCACCGCUUCAGAGACGUUGCUUACUGCAGAAGUUGGUACUUGCUCAACUUUUCAAGCGCCGACGGAAGCGUCAGCCAGUUAGAUCGCUGUAUGCAAAUACACUAGCUCAGGCAGUGGCCUAUUGCUGACUAAUUUCAUUGGCUGACGCUGCUAUCACAAUCGCGUCAGCCCCAACUUCAGACACGCCCUCUGUCAAGCGUUGACGCUGAAGCCUCGUGUGAAUGGGGCGUAAGGGGUUGGGCUGUGUUUAGUCCCCCUUGGUUUGGGGGUGAGGGGUGUCCAUUUUGCAGAGUCCAACCCCAAAUUUCUGGGCUCCUUAAGCUGCGGUCAAACUGCACUUUUCUCGAGUUUGAGCAUGCAAAAUUCUGUCGUACGGUGCUGCGAAAAGGGGUGGGAUUAAACAAGAUAAUUAGACAUUUAAAAAGCGAGCGAUUGGUCCAUAUUUUAAAUGUCUGUCCAGAGAGGUCAUGUUUUGAUCCUCGAUUGGUCUCACGCAGUCCAGUGAUGCGAUUUCGCAGGUCAGAGUUCACCAAGCUUGAACUUUCCAACGCAGUGAACUGCAAAUCUUGUUGCAGGGGCUUGCGUUGGUCUGACGCAUUUGCGUGCGUAUGAAUGGAAGUCUAUGCGGAGAAAAAUGCAGUGUGACCGCAGCUUUACACUGUUUCCCCACUGCAGCAAUGCCAUUGGUUAGGGUUAGGUUGUGUAUGAGCCUUUAAGUUCCACCUAAUAUGUUCUGCUCCGCCAUUUGGCUCUGCAGUGAGCACCUUCUUUGCAACAGGAACAACUUGGGAAUGCAUUUACACCACAUUACUGUGGAGUCCAAGCAGAUAUUAAAUCAGACUUCCUACCAACCAGUUAAGAACCACUGUUUUAGGCAUCCGAAGGGGGCAUUCUCGGUGGCAUGGUGGCUUAGUUGUUAGCACACAGCAAAAAGGUCACUGGUUGGAAUCCCAGCUGGGCGAGUUGGGGUUUCUGUGUGGAGUUUGCAAGUUCUCCCCGUGUUGGCAUAGGUUUUCUCCGGGUGCUCUGGUUUCCCCCACACUCCAAACACAUGUGCUGUAGGUGAAUUAAAUAAACUAAAUUGGCUGUAGUGUAUGAGUGUAUAUGGGUGUUUCCCAGUACUGGGUUGCAGCUGGAAGGGUAUCCGUUGCAUAAAACAUAUAAUGGAAUAGUUGGCGGUUCAUUCCACUGUGGCAACCUCUGAAAUGGAGACGGAUGGAAUAUUGAGUGGGGGGAGGGGCUAUUUCGUUUUUGCGCACAAUUCCCUUAUAGCAAACUAACGGUAAGAGGGGCGUGAAAUAUUGUGUCUGAAGCCAUCAAACUGAUGUCAACAGAAGGACCGCCACCAAGCUCACCGCUGUUUACUGAGUGUAACCACAGAUACAGGGACACUGUGGAGGUAAAGUCUAGAUUGGAUAAGCGGCUGGCCAGAAGAGCGAUAUGCACAUCAAUUGUAAUAGCAUUUUUAAUGACACUGUAUAACAAUAAUUAAUAUUUUUACAGCACUUUUAAUAUUUUUACAGCAUUUUUACAGGUUGGGGUGAGGGUAGGCGUUAAAAAAUACAAUUUAUUGGGUAAUUUUAUAGAUAACAUAAAUAAUACUCUGUACAACUGCUUUUUUUAACGUUA